AUGAAAUGCACAGCGUGCCAAAUAGAUGUUGAUGGCCACAUCAAGGAGCAUUACUUGUCUGAAAUUCACGGAAUAAAUGUGAAGAGACAGAUAUACGGCAUGCCUCCAGCAACAAUCGAUGAAAUACAAGCAGACGACGAAAGCAGAGAUGCAGAGAGAAGUGAAAUUCAAGAAACAGAUGCCAAAUAUCCACGAAGGAUCAAUGUGAAUGAAAAUAUAAAGACACAUGCAGUAAGAUGUAUAUUUUGUGAUGCUGAAGCUGAUCAUGCUCAUUACAAAGGGCAUGGGAUGACUGAUAAUCAGAUUGAGUGCAUAAAAAGCAAUACUUGCUAUGUGUGCCACGAAGGAUUUGUAGGGGAUGAGUGUCUAAAGAUGCACAUUGUAUCUGGAAAACACAGGAAUACAGUAGCUAGCAGUGGAAGUUUGAUAUUGGAGGAUGGUAGAGUGAUAGUUGGAAAAGGUGCACAGAAACUGAUACUUGAUAAAUUGGGUGAAGAAGAUGCGAGUAGAAGCAGACUCGUUGUGAAGAAUGAAAAGCAGAAAGUAAAUGCAAUUUCAUUGAGGGUUAGUAAAGAAGAACAAAGGAUCUCAGCUAACAACAAAAACCAGCUAAAAGUUUCUCUUUCUAUGAACCAUCAGCAACACUUCAAACCUGAUUGGAUGCAGUAA